GCCUUCUUCCUUGUAGUGAAGUUGCAUAUCUCUUUCUCUCUCUCUCUCUCUCUGGUACACACACAUGAAGGCCAAUGGCUUCCUGUGCCGGUCACAUAUCGACGCAGUUUGCGUCCCCGGCGACCCUCGGUCGAUGAUAAGGCCACGGCGGCCGGACAGGACGCUGGUGGAGCACUCGAGGCUGGUCGACUUGAAGUACUCACGUCUUUUCGACUCCCGGAGAUUCCACUCCGGUGACCGGAGCCGGGCCGUCACCCUUCCGAUGGUUACGAAGAAACAAAGAGACCCACCGAGGCCUGCAAAGACGAGUACCAGCAGCGUCCCCUCCCUGCCUCCACCCAGUGACCAUGUCUUUCAGGUGGUGGUGAUGAGGGUUUCGAUUCAUUGUCAAGGAUGUGCAGGAAAGGUUAGGAAGCACAUCUCUAAAAUGGAAGGAGUGACAUCCUUCAGCAUAGAUCUGGAAUCCAAGAGGGUAAUAGUGAUGGGACAUGUGUCCCCAGUGGGGGUCCUGGAGAGUCUAUCAAAGGUGAAGAAAGCUGAGUUCUGGCCAUGCUGAAUUGAACUUAGGGUUCCUCUUGUGCAUCAUAGUCUCAAAAAGUGCAAGAGCUUUUGGAGAUGACAAGAUGGAUCAUGCUUUUCUUUUUGUGCCUAUGUUUGGCUGUUGGUUAGUAUUGUGGCAUUAGCAUAGAAAAUUGUGUUGAUUGGUAAUGCAGACCUUGACAGUCUUGUAGUUCUUCUAUAAUAUCCUCAAUCAUCAUGUUAGUUCUAUAUCUUAUGGUCACCGUAUAUAUGAUAUUGGGACUGCUGUACAUUACUCAA